UUGAGCCACUGUGUGCUGGAACCUGGGCUCGACCCAGACAAACCCCAUCUUGAUUUGGGGAUGCCAGCAGGGCUCACGGCACUGUAGUUAGGGGGCGGCUUUGCUUGGCAUCUGGAACCAAGAGGCAGCUGUUGUGGUGGCAAAAAGAGGACAAGAGGCCUUGUUCCUAUCCGACCUUGCCCCCAGGGCUCCAAUCAUCUGUUAAAUAAGGGGCUUGGGGGUCCCUUCAUCCUCUCGGGCUGGAUGUUCUGGCUGCCGGACUCUUGAGGUCAUUGCUCAGACCAGCUUUCUGAAACUGGGCUGCCCAAGGCGUCAUGGGGCUGUGGCUUCCAGGCCUGUUCGGGAGUUCUGUGGACUCUGCCCCUGUGGGGUGAGGAGGACCUGCCGUGCGGAUGCCUCCUGCCAUCAGCUGUCAGGUUAUUUUGGUGUAAACUGAAAAUACUCCAGGCAUUGUGUGUUGAGUCCCCCCAGCCUGCAGGGUGGGACUGUAGCCGGAGCAGCUGGGGAGACUGGUUGUGGCUGAGGGCAGCCCUUGGAGAAGCAAAGGUUCCCCAGGGGUGGGCCUGCCUGCCCAGCUCCCAGGGCUUGCUGAGCUGGGGAGCUUCAUUUUGCCGUCCAGUAAAGUGGCUUCCUUUGGGGCUGGGCCCUGGGAGUGGUGGGGCAUCCAGGGUCCUGUGGGCAGGCGCUCUGCUCAUUGAGCUGGGCGCUGGACAGGCUAACUCCCUGGGACCUCUCCUCGCUUCUCCCCACCCCAGGGGCUUGGCUUCUGGCUCGUCAGGGGCCCUAUGUGGGGACAGUUAUGUGGCCCUGGGCAGAGAGGUUCCGCUGUCUGUUUGCUGAAGGAGGAAAAACAACACGUGGACUAUUGAUUCAGCCUCACCUUGGUACUCCUGGCUCAGCAGCCGGUGUUUGCCCCAGCCGCCUGGCUCGGGUUACGCAAGGCUGGUGGGUGUGGAGUGAGAAGGGGCUGCUGCCUGGGCGGCCCCAGUGUUCCCCAGGAAAUAGCGUCAAAAGAGCCUGGACUUUGCUUUUGUCUGCCAGUCUGGGCCAUAGAGGGAGGUGAAGCCACUGCAAACCCCUUGCUGGGGCCCAAAGCCCCCAUCCCACCGGGGUCACCCACUUUCUUCCCAGGGGCUGUGGGUCUUUGCAAAUAACUCCCUGUGGCCGGGUUUGCUUGCUGAACCAAGAAACCCUAGUGUGCUGUGUAGAUGCUGCCUAUUAAGAAAUAUUAAAAAGCCAACAUUUCAUUCCUUUAUAAAAUCUACCUAAGUAAUUUGGAAAAUAUACAGUGACACAAAGAAGGAAAUAAUUACUCGUAAUUCUCACCAUCUUGAGAGAAGCGUUGUUAACAUUGUGGCGUGUGUCCUUCCAGAUUUUGUUUUGGGGUUAUAUGUAAAUAUACGUGUAUAAAUAGUUUUUUAAAAACAAAAGGGGCUCAUGUGCACAUACUGCUUUAUACCCCUGUUUUAUGGAUUCUGGUGAGCGUGUGUUCAGUGGUUGUUUCUGAUUUUAGUAACUCAAGCCUUGCUACUCUUUAUCCUACUUCUUGUGUGGAGAGAGGCUUGGGAGCUGUGUGUCCAGGGGUCCAUCUGUCCAUCUAUCCGGCUGACCCUGGGGGCUGGAUUUUCACCCGUCUCCCCCAGAGCCCCUUUAGGCCUGGAGUGACCAGUGGGGUGGGCAGGCAACAUCGGCGCAUGGCUGCAGACGGACUGACUCGCUCCCCCUUUUUUUCCUUUUUCCUCUCAGAGCCGGCAGCUCUCAUCCUCCCCUCACAGCCCUGCCUGUCUCGGCCCCAUGCCCCCGCCAGUCAGCCCCGGGCCACAGGCAGUGAACAGGCACGCCAGAGCCAAGGCCCUGUGAACAGGCCAAGGAGACGGGGGCUCCGGGGUCCCGGCCACCUGUCCCCUCCAUGGAGCUGAGGCCCUGGUUGCUAUGGGUGGUAGCAGCAGCCAUAGCCUUGGUCCUGCUGGCGGCCGAUGCCCGUGGUCAGAAGGUCUUCACCAACACCUGGGCCGUGCGCAUUGCUGGAGGCCCGGCUGUGGCUGACAGUGUGGCCCGCAAGCAUGGCUUCCUCAAUCUGGGACAGAUCUUCAGCGACUAUUACCACUUCUGGCAUCGAGCAGUGACAAAGCGGUCCCUGUCACCUCACCGCCCGCGGCACAGCCGGCUGCAGAGGGAGCCUCAAGUACAGUGGCUGGAGCAACAGGUGGCAAAGCGACGGACCAAACGGGACGUGUACCAGGAGCCCACGGACCCCAAGUUUCCCCAGCAGUGGUACCUGUCUGGCAUCACCCAGCGGGACCUGAACGUGAAGGAUGCCUGGGCCCAGGGCUACACGGGGCGCGGCAUUGUGGUCUCCAUUCUGGAUGAUGGCAUUGAGAAGAACCACCCGGACUUGGCAGGCAAUUAUGAUCCUGGGGCCAGCUUCGAUGUCAAUGACCAGGACCCUGACCCCCAGCCUCGGUACACCCAGAUGAAUGACAACAGGCAUGGCACGCGGUGCGCGGGCGAGGUGGCUGCGGUGGCCAACAACGGCGUCUGUGGCGUAGGCGUGGCCUACAAUGCCCGUAUUGGAGGGGUGCGCAUGCUAGAUGGCGAAGUGACAGAUGCGGUGGAGGCACGCUCGCUGGGCUUGAACCCCAACCACAUCCACAUCUACAGCGCCAGCUGGGGCCCCGAGGAUGACGGCAAGACGGUGGAUGGGCCAGCCCGCCUCGCCGAGGAGGCCUUCUUCCGGGGGGUUAGCCAGGGCCGUGGGGGGCUAGGCUCCAUCUUCGUCUGGGCCUCAGGCAAUGGAGGCCGGGAGCAUGACAGCUGCAAUUGUGAUGGCUACACCAACAGCAUCUACACGCUGUCCAUCAGCAGCGCCACGCAGCUCGGCAACGUGCCCUGGUACAGCGAGGCCUGCUCCUCCACCCUGGCCACCACCUACAGCAGCGGCAACCAGAAUGAGAAGCAGAUUGUGACCACUGACCUGCGGCAGAAGUGCACGGAGUCUCACACAGGCACCUCAGCCUCUGCCCCCUUGGCAGCCGGCAUCAUCGCUCUCACCCUGGAGGCCAAUAAGAACCUCACCUGGCGGGACAUGCAGCACCUGGUGGUACAGACCUCAAAGCCAGCACACCUCAAUGCUAACGAUUGGGCCACCAAUGGUGUGGGCCGGAAAGUGAGCCAUUCGUAUGGCUAUGGGUUGUUGGAUGCAGGUGCCAUGGUAGCCCUGGCCCAGAACUGGACAACGGUGGCCCCCCAGCGGAAGUGCAUCAUCGACAUCCUCACUGAACCCAAGGACAUCGGGAAGCGGCUAGAGGUGCGGAAGACUGUGACCGCCUGCCUGGGGGAGCCCAGCCACAUCACACGGCUGGAGCACGCUCAGGCGCGGCUCACGCUGUCCUACAAUCGCCGCGGCGACCUGGCCAUCCACCUGGUCAGCCCCAUGGGCACCCGUUCCACCCUGCUGGCUGCCAGGCCACAUGACUACUCUGCAGAUGGGUUUAAUGACUGGGCUUUCAUGACGACCCAUUCCUGGGACGAGGACCCCUCCGGCGAGUGGGUCCUGGAGAUUGAAAACACCAGCGAAGCCAACAACUAUGGGACGCUGACCAAGUUCACCCUUGUGCUGUAUGGCACGGCCCCCGAGGGGCUGCCCACGCCUCCUGAGAGCAGCGGCUGCAAGACCCUUACAUCCAGCCAGGCCUGUGUGGUGUGUGAGGAGGGCUUCUCCCUGCACCAGAAGAGCUGUGUCCAGCACUGCCCACCAGGCUUCACUCCCCAAGUCCUCAAUACGCACUAUAGCACCGAGAAUGACGUGGAGACCAUCCGGGCCAGCGUCUGUGCCCCCUGCCACGUCUCGUGUGCCACAUGCCAGGGGCCAGCCCCCACAGACUGCCUCACCUGCCCCAGCCAUGCCUCCCUGGACCCUGUGGAGCUGACGUGCUCCCGGCAAAGCCAGAGCAGCCGUGAGUCUCCACAGCAGCAGCGGCCGGGGCCGCCCCCAGAGGUGCAGGCCGAGCCGCGGCUGCGGGCAGGGCUGCUGCCCUCGCACCUGCCCGAGGUGGUGGCCGGCCUCAGCUGCGCCUUCAUCGUGCUGGUCUUCGUCACUGUCUUCCUGGUCCUGCAGCUGCGCUCUGGCUUCAGCUUCCGGGGGGUGAAGGUGUACACCAUGGACCGUGGCCUCAUCUCCUACAAGGGGCUGCCCCCCGAGGCCUGGCAGGAGGAGUGCCCAUCUGACUCAGAAGAGGACGAGGGCCGGGGCGAGAGGACCGCCUUCAUCAAAGAUCAGAGCGCCCUUUGACGAGCGCCUGCUGCCCGCCCCUUCGAGCCCGUCCCCUCCUUGGGCACUUUUUAAUUCACCAAAGUAUUUUUUUAUCUUGGGACUGGGUUUGGACCCCAGCUGGGAGGCAAAAGGGGCAGAGACCGCCUCCCACCCUACCCUUGGGCCACCUGGUUGCCUGAGGUGGGGCCCCAGGACCAGAGGAGGGGCAGGGAGGGCCUCGCCCCCCAGCACCCCAGCGUGUGGAGAAAGGAGUGAGACCUCUUGGGCAGCUUUCUGAGGCCCAGGCCCCAGCCAGAGCUCCUGCAGAGUGAAGAGGGGCAGCCCUUCUCUUCCGGGGUUCCUGCCCUGGGCCGCCCUCUUCCCCUUCCCUGUCCCUCUGAAGCAAUAAUGGUCCCCAUCAGGCAGCAGGGAGGCUGGCCCAGGGGGUAUUUGAAGGAGGAGGCCGCCUCGCCAAGGGCUUUUGCGUCCCUGACCCUGUCCCCCACCUCUGGUGAGCCUCGGGCGGAAGCGGUGAUUGAAGGAAGGGACCAAGGCAAGGCAGGUGCUUCCAGGGGCGCACGUGUGUAUCUGUCCCUGUGCCCACCUCCACCACAGCUGGCUGCCCGCGGAGUGAGGCUGCCCCAGGCCGAGCCCCGUGCUGGCGUCCUGACCACCCGCCCCUCUCUGGCACCCCCCCUCCUGCCGGGGCCCAAGUCCCUGUUUUCUGAGCCCGGGGCUGCCUGGGCUGUUGGCAUUCACAGUCCCGGAGCCCCUGGGUGGGUGGUGGGGAGGGACGGUGGCCCAGCCGGCCCUUCCCGCCUCCCACCCGAUGCUGCUUUCCCCUGUGGGGAUCUCAGGGGCUGUUUGAGGAUAUAUUUUCACUUUGUGAUUAUUUCACUUUAGAUGCUGAGUUUUUUUUUUUUUUUUUUUUUGUAUUUUUAACGGGGGUAGCAGCUGGACCACCCACCUUCCCACACCCACUGUUCAUCCUGCUGUUCCCCCGGCUGCCCUGGCCCUGAGGGGCAAGGGGCUGCAGCGUGUUCCUGAGGAAUGAGGAGUAGCUGAGCCCCAAGUCCUGAAGAGGCAGGCAGGCCAGGCCUAGGAAAGGGGGGUCACUGGGGGAGGGGCAGGCUGUCGUCGUGUUUUACAUGGGCUCGUCGUGCCAGGAGCUCACGGGUCACUGCUUCUCCAAGUGCCAGGGGUGGGCAGGCAGUGGCACCGAGCCCCCUCCAACACUGUGCCCUGGUGGAGAAAGCACUGACCCGUCCUGCCGCCAAGUCUCCCUCUUCUGACGUGCCUUUUGCACCCCUCCCAUUAGGACAAUCAGUCCCCUCCCGUUUGGGAGCCCCCUUUUCUUUCUCUCCCCAGCCCCUCCUGGCACCCAGCCACCUGCCCAGGGGUGCCCCCGCCUCUCCCACCUACCCACCCUUGUGGCCAGCCCAGCUGGUUUUGUAAGAUACUGGGUUGGUGCACAGUGAUUUUUUUUUUCUUGUAAUUUAAACAGGCCCAGCAUUGUUGGUUCUAUUUAAUGGACACGAGAUAAUGUUAGAGAUUUUAAAGUGAUUAAACGUGCAGACUAUGCAAACCAG